AUGUUGAGCGAUGGGGAACAGCAGAGUGAAAUAAGCGCUCACAGCAGCGUUGUGCUUCUUACCUCCUUUGUAGGUGUCUUGCCGGUGGCAGAAGAGGAAGAAGAGACAGAUGAUGUCAACUCUUUUGAUUCUGAGACGGCUUCCGAAGGCCCAGGAAAAGCAUCGGCCGGCGUGCAGCUUCCAGCCGCAAACAGACCCGGAGCGUGCGCAUUGUCCAUUCCAGGGGAGCGCGGCAAUGGUGUCUUGCCGGUGGCAGAAGAGGAAGAAGAGACAGAUGAUGUCAACUCUUUUGAUUCUGAGACGGCUUCCGAAGGCCCAGGAAAAGCAUCGGCCGGCGUGCAGCUUCCAGCCGCAAACAGACCCGGAGCGUGCGCAUUGUCCAUUCCAGGGGAGCGCGGCAAUGGUGUCUUGCCGGUGGCAGAAGAGGAAGAAGAGACAGAUGAUGUCAACUCUUUUGAUGUUGAGACGGCUUCCGAAGGCCCAGGAAAAGCAUCGGCCGGCGUGCAGCUUCCAGCCGCAAACAGACCCGGAGCGUGCGCAUUGUCCAUUCCAGGGGAGCGCGGCAAUGGUGUCUUGCCGGUGGCAGAAGAGGAAGAAGAGACAGAUGAUGUCAACUCUUUUGAUUCUGAGACGGCUUCCGAAGGCCCAGGAAAAGCAUCGGCCGGCGUGCAGCUUCCAGCCGCAAACAGACCCGGAGCGUGCGCAUUGUCCAUUCCAGGGGAGCGCGGCAAUGGUGUCUUGCCGGUGGCAGAAGAGGAAGAAGAGACAGAUGAUGUCAACUCUUUUGAUGUUGAGACGGUUUCCGAAGGCCCAGGAAAAGCAUCGGCCGGCGUGCAGCUUCCAGCCGCAAACAGACCCGGAGCGUGCGCGUUGUCCAUUCCAGGGGAGCGCGGCAAUGGUAAUUUGCUGACGGACUGAACGGUUACUUUUGCAGUUUCUCUGGCGUGAAGCGAUGGGGAAAAGCAGAGUGAAAUAAGCACUCACAGCAGCGUUGUGCUUCUUACCUCCUUUGUAGGUGUCUUGCCGGUGAGAGGAGAGGAAGGAGAGACAGAUGAUAUCAACUCUUUUGAUGUUGAGACGGUUUCCGAAGGCCCAGGAAAAGCAUCGGCCGGCGUGCAGCUUCCAGCCGCAAACAGACCCGGAGCGUGCGCGUUGUCCAUUCCAGGGGAGCGCGGCAAUGGUAAUUUGCUGACGGACUGAACGGUUACUUUUGCAGUUUCUCUGGCGUGAAGCGAUGGGGAAAAGCAGAGUGAAAUAAGCACUCACAGCAGCGUUGUGCUUCUUACCUCCUUUGUAGGUGUCUUGCCGGUGAGAGGAGAGGAAGGAGAGACAGAUGAUAUCAACUCUUUUGAUGUUGAGACGGUUUCCGAAGGCCCAGGAAAAGCAUCGGCCGGCGUGCAGCUUCCAGCCGCAAACAGACCCGGAGCGUGCGCGUUGUCCAUUCCAGGGGAGCGCGGCAAUGGUAAUUUGCUGACGGACUGAACGGUUACUUUUGCAGUUUCUCUGGCGUGAAGCGAUGGGGAAAAGCAGAGUGAAAUAAGCACUCACAGCAGCGUUGUGCUUCUUACCUCCUUUGUAGGUGUCUUGCCGGUGAGAGGAGAG